UUCUUCUCUCUUUCACGAUUUCACCUCACCAACGCCAUUGAAAUAGAAGCCUUCAAAAUAAAACCAUUUAGGGUUACAAAAAAAACCCUAAUCUUGUGUCAUUUUCCAAUUUCAAACAGCAUAAUCCCAAUUUGAUCGUAAUUAAGCUAUGAAAUUAUCAUAAUCACAAUUAAGAGUUUCAGGUUUCUGCAUACUCGGAAAUUUUCGAGAGAGAGAGAGAAUGCCAACCGUGGCCGUUAAGCUCUAUAGUGUGUUCUUCAAGUUUCUCUUGAAGCACCGUUUGCAGAACCGGAUCCAAGCCCCGCCCGAAGAAUCCAACCCGUUUGGCGUCACAUCUCGACCCGACGAAUCCGUCGCCGCCGCGAACCCUUCUUUCUCCGACGGAGUCGCCACCAAGGAUAUCCAUAUCGACCCCUUCACUUCCCUCUCUAUACGAAUUUUUCUUCCCGAAUCCGCACUCACCCCAACCGAACCUGGUUCCAAACCUCACCCCCCCAAACCUAGCACCACGAAUCGGAAACCCGAACCUGGAUCCGCGCAGCAUGAAACGGUGUCGUCGCACGCUUUGCGUCGCAACAGCUAUGACCCUUCGGGUGCGCCAACGAGGGAAGAAACGAGGAGGAACAGCGUCGGUGAUGUGGAGGGUUUGAAUUUGAUGGCCGGCGGCGUGUACGGAGGCUACUCGCCUGCGAUGGAUAAUCGCCGGAGAAAACUACCGGUAAUGAUGCAGUUUCACGGCGGAGGUUGGGUGAGCGGGAGCAACGACUCUGUCGCCAAUGACUUCUUCUGCCGGCGGAUCGCGAAGCUAUGCGACGUAGUUGUAGUUGCCGUUGGGUACCGGCUUGCGCCGGAGAAUCGGUACCCGGCGGCGUUCGAGGACGGGUUUAAGGUGAUGAAUUGGUUGGCGAAACAGGCGAAUUUGGCGGAGUGUAGCAAAUCCAUGGGGAUCAAGAAAUUGGAUGGUAAUAAUAGGCAUAUUGUUGAUUCCUUUGGAGCUUCAAUGGUUGAACCAUGGUUGGCUGCUCAUGGAAAUCUAUCAAGGUGUGUUCUUCUAGGCGUGAGUUGUGGUGCAAAUAUUGCAGACUUCGUGGCUCGAAAAACUUUAGAAGCAGGCAAGCUUCUGGACCCUGUCAAGGUGGUGGCACAGAUCCUGAUGUAUCCAUUUUUUAUUGGAAGUGUGCCCACUCGCUCUGAAAUAAAAUUGGCAAACUCUUACUUUUAUGACAAGGGUAUGUGUAUGCUAGCAUGGAAACUAUUCCUACCUGAGGAAGAAUUUAGCCUGGACCAUCCAGCUGCCAAUCCCCUAGUCUCAGGCCGGGGUCCUCCUUUAAAACUCAUGCCUCCAACAUUGACAGUGGUGGCAGAACACGACUGGAUGAGGGAUCGUGCUAUUGCUUACUCAGAGGAGCUUAGGAAGGUGAAUGUUGAUGCACCUGUUCUUGAGUAUAAGGAUGCAGUCCAUGAAUUUGCAACACUUGACGUACUUCUCAAAAGCCCUCAGGCCCAGGUUUGUGCUGAGGAUAUUGCCAUCUGGGUCAAGAAAUAUAUUUCACUUCGAGGUCAUGAAUUCUCAUAUUGAGUAGGAUAACACAGAUUAGGAUGUUCAGUGAGAAAAUCUUUUCCCCAUCUUUGAAAUUAGCUUCAGGUCGCUCUUCUGCUACCAUUUUACUUGGGGAUUUGUGAUAUAUUGGUUGAUUUGUAUUGAUGCUUGAUAAGGUCCUGCCGUUCUUGUUGUUGACCUGUUCCAUGUUCCCUCCACGCGUCAGUUCUUUCUGUAAGAUAGAGUAGUUUGAGAAGGGAAUUAGUUAAGCCAGUGAGAUGCCUUCACCUCAUGCACCCCACAUUUGGAAACCCCUGUUCCAUUUUUCCUGUGUAUUAUGAUGUGCUAUACUCAUUAAAAAAUAUAAAUUUUAAUUUUAGUGUACUAUUCUAUUGUACGAGGCACGCUUCGAUAAGAUUCAUAUUUUAGAUUAAAAAAACAAUUGCCCAUAAGAUACCA